CCACACGGCGCGGAGCUUGCUAUCCGGUAGCCGUCGCUCCUGAGCCGUUGGUGCUCUUCGUCCUCACUGGAGAUUAAACAGCUGAUUGAAAGGUUAACGCUUGACUCUGUGUGACUCUCUGGCGUUUAUUUACCGACACAUUCCCGUAUGUUUCUGCUUUGUUAUCUGGGUAUAAUGGUGUGAAAAUGGCCAAGCGACCGGGGACCGACGACGGGAUGCUGACUUCGCCGACUAUUCUUCGGGAUUUCUCCGCCGAUUUGAACACCACGGACGUGAACGUGGAUUGCGGUGACGGCGCCGUGGAUGUUUCCCUGGAAGAGAUCCUGACUCUGUACAGCCAGCCGAUUAACGAGGAGCAGGCGUGGGCUGUAUGUUACCAAUGUUGUCGGACUUUAGCGCAGACUCAGCGGAGGAAAAGCUCCAAGUCUGCCGCCGGUGCCUCGGCUCUCGACUACCCGAGGAGGAUUGAGGGACCUGGGAAUGUGAGGAUAUGGAGAGACGGGACUAUUAGACUACACUUUGAUGAAAGCACAGAUAAAUACAAAUCUCCUCCUACGUCAUUAGAGGUAAUCGAUUCUCUAGGCGUCAUGAUCUACAAAGCUCUGGACUACGGCCUCAAGGAGAACGAGGAGCGCGAACUCAGCCCACCGCUGGAGCGCCUCAUCGACUUGAUGACCAACAUUCAGGAAACGGAGAGUGACUCGUGUCCUGACGAGGGCUACGAAGCCACGGAGGAGGAAGACGAGUGUGAGGAGGAAGGAGAGGAGGAAGAGGAGCUUGUCUGCACAACUAGCACCUGCACCAUCACAAACAUCCGCUGCUAUCGAGACCUCAUUUUGCUCUGCUCUUCCCACCUACCCAGUCCAUCAGAUGCCCCCAACCAUUACCAGGCAGUGUGUCGUGCUCUCUACGCAGAGACCAGAGAGCUGCGCACCUUCCUGGAGAAGAUCAAGAGUGCCAAAGAGAACCUUCGGAGAAUGGAGGGUGAGACUCAGGAGGAACCUGCCAGAGACCUUGACGAUCUGCAGAAUGCAGACUGGGCACGGUUCUGGGUGCAGGUGAUGAGAGAUCUACGUGACGGUGUGAAGCUGAAGAAAGUUCAGGAGCGUCAGUACAACCCGCUGCCCAUCGAGUACCAGCUCACACCAUACGAGAUGCUGAUGGACGACAUCCGCUCCAAGCGCUACAAGUUGAGGAAAGUCAUGGUGAAUGGAGACAUCCCACCGAGGUUAAAGAAGAGUGCACAUGAGAUCAUACUGGAAUUCAUCAGAUCACGACCACCUCUCAACCCUGUCGCUGCCCGCAAACUGAAACCGCACCCACCACGCCCCCCGAGCCUCCACGAGCGCCUCCUGGAGGACAUCAAAGCUGAGAGGAAGCUCCGGCCUGUCUCGCCGGACAUGAUCCGCAGAACACGCUUAGUCAUGCGACCUCUUAGCAUGUCUUUCAGUUUCGACUCAUCAGGUGCAGGGAAAAGCAUCAGCACUCCUCAGGACUUGUUCCGCAGUCCAGACACUCCUGAUGCACCCAGGAAGUUGGCCGUAAGCACCCAGUCUUUGGCUAGCGGCACCACGGGACCGAACCAAGGCGGAGUACAGCCGUUGAGUCAGAGGAAGAGGCUGCUCAGAGCGCCCACACUGGCCGAGCUGGACAGCUCUGAAUCUGAUGAUGAACCCACACGGAGCAGCUCUAGCAUGUCCACGUCUCUGCUGGAUGACACGUCACCUGACUCUGUCGUAGGAAAGAAGGCUCCUCCAAAGUUCCUGCCCAUCUCUGCCACCCCGCAGCCAGACAAGCGUCAGUCUCCUCAGAGGCGGCACUCCAUCGAGAAGGAGACCCCCACCAGUGUCCGGCCUUUUGUGACUCCUACAAGACAGAGCUCCAAGUCUCUGCUGAAGAAGGAUCCUAAAGCUGAGGUGGAAGCAGCCGGUGGUGCUCAGGGUCCGGAGGAGUUCUGUUACCCCGUGGAGUGUCUGGCUCUGACGGUGGAGGAGGUGAUGCACAUCCGACAGGUUCUGGUCAAGGCGGAGCUGGAGAAGUUUCAGCAGUACAAAGACGUCUACACAGCCCUGAAGAAAGGAAAGCUUUGCUUUUCAUGUCGGACCAAGAAGUUUUCUCUCUUCACCUGGUCUUACACCUGCCAGUUCUGCAAAAGGCCUGUUUGUUCCCAGUGCUCUAAAAAGAUGAGGCUGCCGUCAAAGCCCUACUCCACCUUGCCCAUCUACUCUUUGGGUCCAAGUGCUGUGCCUAAAGAAGAGGGUGGAGCGUCUGCCUCAGCUGAUCCAGAGAAGAACCCGUUUGGAUCUGGACACAGCCGACACAGCCUACGCAGAAGUGUCUACAAGUUUUCUAAGCACAGCAGCAAAGAUGGCCGCUCCCAGGACGAGCCUGAGCUACCCAAGGAGCUGACCGAGGACUGGGUCACCAUGGAGAUCUGUGUAGACUGCAAAAAGUUCAUCACAGAAAUCAUCUCAUCCAGCAAGCGCAGCCUCUGCGUCGCCACCAAGCGUGCCCGUCUCAAUCGGAAUCGAAAAACCCAAUCCUUCUACAUGUCGUCAUCCAGCUCCGUAAACUUCAGGCCAACCGAGCACGCCAUCAGUGAAGUGUAAAAAUGAGCACUUUGUUUUCCCACCUAGAGCUAAGAUGUCCAAUAAAUGAGCCCCUCUUAGUCUAGUUUUUACCAGGACUGGUUCAGCCAGUCUGCCCCACUCCAAAGUUAGUAAAGGUUCUCGUACCUUACCCUCUCAGGAAGUUGGCAUGCUCUGAUUGGUCAUGACUGGUCAGCUGCCAGAUAACAAAGGAGAGCCAUGUUUGUCUGAGUCUGAAAAUUCAGCACAUGCAGGGUUAAAUGAUGGUGCUUAUUCACAAGGCGGCCAUUUUCCUCUGAACAUUGUCAUUCUGUUCUUAUUUCUACUGAUCAGAAACUGUUAAGGCAGUAAACGGUGAAAAUUAGGAGGGAAACAGCCAGAAGCCAGUUAGCCAGACAACAGCUAACAUUAGCUGCAGUGUAGACUGUCAGCUGUCAGGAAGUCUCUGCUGAAAUUCAUUUUAUUGAAGGUUUGUUAAAGGUUAACAAUCAGAGCAAAUAUUUCAGCUUGAAACAAACAACUACAGCUCUGGAGAAAGUGAAGACACUGCUGCAAAGUGUUGUUCUGCUUCUUAUAGGUUUGUUCUUCAAUAUGUUAAUCAUUUUUGGCGACAAUGUGCCGCUUCUGGUGCAAAACUUCAAACAUGAAAAAUUUUCAUAAGUGUUUAAGCUAUCAAGGCGCAGAGUUUGUCUGUGAUUAAGUAGAACAAAGUAAACUUGCGAGAAAUUGAAAAAGCACUGGAAUAGAAUGACUUCUAUGCAUGUAGAGAUGCUUAUUUAAGGAAAAUUAAAAGAAACAGGUCUCAAUUAAAUUCAGAUUUCUGAUUUUAAUGUAAGAAGUGGAUUGAAAUGUUGCAAAAAGUAAGACUAAAAAGUAAAAAUGUAUCCAAACACAAAUCCAUAAACUGGUAUCAACACAGUCACAGGUGAAAUUUCUGCUAAAGAACUGAUUUUUGCAACACCAUCAUCACUGGUUUAAAUGCCUGCUGUGCUGUGUGCACACGAGGUAAAAGUGCUGCCACCGAUGGCGUAGCCAAGACAAACAGCCGCUCAGUCAGAGUCCAGUCAUUAGCAUGUUUUGCUCUAGCAUUAGCAGGUGGGUAAAGUAACUGAACCUCACCCACUCAUGCUGUUGUAGUUAAGCACAGUUACAGUAAAACUUGUGUUCAUUCCUCUCCAAGUUUAGUGGCUGUAAUAACAGCAACAUACAACAUGUUUGUUCACUUUUCAGCAUCUCUGUUUGCCCAUCUGGGGCUUUAAUGCAGGCUGUGGUGCAGGUUUGUCUUGAGCCCAGCGCUGCAGCGAUUCAUCUUAUAAUAGCUUAGAAAGCAGUUUAAAGGUGUUUUAACACAUGGCUGUCUUGUUGUGAGUCCAUGGUGAGUCAAAGAUCCAGGCUGUAGAGUUAAACAAGAUCAGAGAAGCUGCUGUAAACUGUAGCUGCAGCAUAAACCCGCCAGCCAGAGAUAAGCUAAAUCAACUAUAAACAUGCUACCUCCAUCGGGUUCUUCACAAUAACUACUACUUUGAAAAACACCGCUUGCUUCAAUUCAGUCAUUGGCUGUUUAAAGUAAGUUAAACAGCUUAUCAAAGUUUAGAUUUUAAAUUGUAACAACGCUAGCUUUCUCCUCUAAAUUUUCUGUUCAGUUAUCGGCUUGGAUUCUUAUUGUUGUAAAUAAAGAAGGUAGUGAUAAAAUAGUCACAUCAAUGUUUAGAUGGCUCUUAUAAUAAAAAUGUUUUGUGGGAAAAUGGCUGCUAAGUGAUUGAAGCGAACUGUAAGAGAUAUGUUUGACUAAAGAGCGAGAUAUGGCGAUACAGAAAGCCAAAAGCUGCAGUUCUAACGUGUAAAUAGUACAAAGGCCCACCCCUAAUCCAGUUUUUCAGUUCCUGUUUACUUCUAGCACUCAGGAUGAACAACACAUUGUCUUUGGACAGAUGAUGCACUGUAGCUCCUGCUGUCAGGUCCAUUGGGGUAGAUCUAUACCACUCCCCCCUCUUCUUCUUCCAGCAACAAUUAUGCCAAAUGUCCCAUCAUUCCUGUUUUUAGCCAGUUUAAAGCAUACAUACUGUUCUCUCAUGCUGUAGGGGUGACAUAAAGGCGUGAGGUUGUUUUGUGGAUGGGUCUUUACUUUUAAUGUAAAUGAAAUUCUGUGCCUGGUGCCAAAAUGUAAUUCUUUCUUUGAAUGCCUUUUGUAGUUGCAGACCUGCUGUAAAUAUGUGUCAUAAACUCAUUGGGAGACAUUUUUACGGUAAUUCGAGGUCUCUUGUCCCGUCAUGUUCCAGGCCGGGUGGUAGAAGCACAGAAAUGUGGAGUAACCAGUGUGUACAUGCUGUAUAUCUUAACUGUUCGAAAUUUAAUAUAAAAACGAAACUUUACUAAGUAGAAGUAUGGUUUAACCACGAUGUAAGAUUUCUGCCUCCGGAGUUUCUUUAUCUGAAACCUUCAUUAUUAGUGUAAUUAUGUUCGUGUCAUGAAAGGAAGAUUUUAUUUCUACUGUAUAGUUUAUAAAGUCCUCAGUGUUAAGAUACUCCUCUAAAAUCGCACUUUUAUUUGACCAAGUUAUUGUUUAUGUUGGGUUUAUCGUCUUAAUUAAUAAUAAUUAUUAUUCAGAUCUUUUUUUCACCUCUUGGGGGUCCAUUGUGCCAUUUCCCAGGGUUCCUUGUGAAUGAAAGUUGUGUGUGUGGUUGUAUGUAAGAAAGAAAUAAUGGUUGAAACACUCCAUGUAAUUGAAUGUAGGCAUUUGAAGUGUAUAACUGUCAUUGAAUAUGCUUUAUGAACUCUUGUGUUAUAAAAGAUCUUAGACACGUUCAUACAGUGUGUUUUUAGGACAGUUGUAAGUAAAUGAAAAAGUUAAAUAAGGUAAAACGAUGCCAUGCUCCUGAUUAAACCUCCAUGUGAGUCGUUUUAUUUAAGACCUCUGUAUGGAAUGUAUGCAUGCUGUACUGUGGUCUGUUUUUAUCAAAGAUGUUCUAAUAAAAUCAGCAGGAU